CAAAUCAACCCGGCCUUCCUUCCUUCCACCACCACCCAGCGCUCAGCACCAAGCUUUUCUCUCUCUCUCUCUCUCAAAGCGAAAGCGAAGCAGAGCUCGUGUCACGUGAGUAUCGGAGGUUGCUAGCUAGCUACCUCGCUGAUUCGUUCGUGAGCGAUCCCGCCCGCUGCGCAUUUCCCAGCCCGGCACCAUCAUGGAUCUCGCCGUCGAGCCCGACAAGCGGAUCCAGCCGUCCGGCGGCGGCAGCGGCAUGGAGCCCCCCGGGUUCGGGAAGCGCCUCAUGAGCGUGCUCCGCGCCGUCUUCCACAUGCUGCGCCGAGGCCUCUGCCGCAAGCGCCUCAUGAUGGACCUCCAGCUUCUGCUCGGCCGGGGCAAGCUCGCCGGCAAGGCGCUGCGCAACCUCGUCGCCGCUGCGCACCACCCGCACGGCGCUCACCACCACCACCACCUGGUGGCCGCUCGCGCCGGCGCAGGAACUGGAAACGGCGCCGCGGGGGCGGCGUCCUCGGCCUCCGCCGCGGACCUGCCGUUCGCGCCCAACCCCAGGGACGUGGAGUUCAGCUGCGAGACCACGCCGUCGUACUCGUACGCGGGGCCGGUGCGCGCCCUGUUCCCGUUCAGGAUCCGCGGGCGCGGCGGCGGCGCCGCCCGGGGCUGCGACGGGCUCGACUUCGCCCAGGUGGCGCGCGCGCUCGAGAUGAUGAGCGCCGCGGAGGCCGCCGGGGCCGGGGCCGGGGCCGGGGGCGCGGCGGGCGGGGAGACGCCGCCCCCGGCUACCGCGGCCGGGGCCACGCCGUCGCCCAUGCUGGCGCUCAGCCUCGGUCGCAGCCCCGCCGGGGCCCGCCAGCUGCGCGUCACCGACUCGCCGUUCCCCCUCGAGCCGGAGGGCGUCGACGAGCGCGCCAACUCCAACUUCGACGCCUUCAUCAACAAGUUCUACGAGAACCUCCGCCUGCAGGCGGCCAACGCCACCCCCGACAACUGCGUGCGCCGCCGUGGCUAGCCCCCGCCGCUGCCCAACGAGGGCGCGCUCCCAAGUCCCAAGCAAGUGGCCACACCAUGCACACCACACAUAAUAGUGUCAACGACGACUGUUUCACUGUCAUGUGGGUUUCGAGUUUUACCACCUGCAUGUGUAAUUUUUCUUUCUUUUCCAUUACUUUCCUCGUCCGUGAUAAUCGAUCUCGAUAUAUAAGCUGGUCGGUCGGUGAGGAGACGAGCGAGAUAAACAAGGGCUAGUAUAGCUAGCGUGCUGUUGCAGCUAAUUAAUAAGCCCUGAACUCCUGUGGAUCUGUCACACUAUGUAUCUGCAUAUGCAUAUGAAUAUGAAUAUGAUCGAGAUGAAAUGGUAAAUUUUGCACAUUUCAA